AUGGGGUCCACGCUGCCCCUCUUCUUCCUCCUGGUCUUCCUUGGCAGUUCACAGGCAACAGGACCAAGUGUGACUUUGCAAGUGAAGGUGAAAGAGACUUUCAGACCAGGGGUCUCCCAUGGCUCCAGCUUCCCGGAAUUGCUCAGAAAGGUCUGCCUCCUCCUCCACCUCCCGCCAGGGACCAAAAUUACCCUCCAUCAUAAAGGACCUUCACACCACCUCAUCUGCAAAGCCUAA